AUGGAGAACAGCGCCGACAGGGCGAAAUCGCAAGACGAACGACGCUCGAAUGAUUCCUCAAUGAGAGAUGUGGAGAAGAAGCCGAUCAUGCUAUCUGGCGGCGCGAAGCAGAUAUUCAGACCCAGGAUCAUCGCCAUGGCCUGCAUCGUGUCCAUGGGCGGCUUCAUCUUCGGAUAUGACACCGGUCAGAUCUCUGGCUUCCUCGAGAUGCCCGACUUCCUCCGCAAGUUCGCGGACAACUACACACCACCGAACGCCGAAUUUCCGAACGGCAAGUACUCCUUCAGCAACGUCCGCUCUGGACUCAUCGUUGCUCUGCUCUCAAUUGGCACACUGGUGGGUGCGCUCAUUGCUGCCCCAGUUUCCGACAAAUUCGGCCGCAAGUACUCGAUCGUCUUCUGGAACAUCAUCUUCUGCGUCGGUGUCAUUGUCCAGAUCACGACAUCAAACACCUGGUACCAAGUCGCCAUCGGCCGCUGGGUUGCAGGUCUGGGGGUCGGUGGUCUGUCUGUCCUCACGCCCAUGUACCAGUCUGAGACAGCGCCCCGCUACGUCCGCGGUGCGCUUGUUUCUUGCUACCAGCUGUUCAUCACGCUCGGUAUCUUCACCGCGUACUGCAUCAACUUCGGCACCGAGGCCGACGAGAGCUCGCGCUCCUGGAAGCUGCCCAUGGGCAUUGGCUUCAUCUGGUCCGGGCUAAUGGUCGUCGGAAUCAUGUUCAUGCAGGAAUCGCCCCGCUGGGAGUAUAGCCAUGGCAAAAUUGAUGAAGCCCGCAAGACCAUCGCGCUCACGUAUGGUGUCAACGAGGACCACGCCGAGGUGCAGCGCGAGAUCCGCGAAAUCGAGCAGAAGAUGGAGGCUGAGCGUGCUGGCGGCGAUCACCACCCGUGGUACGAGAUCUUCACUGGCCCGGCCAUGGCGUACCGCACGCUGCUCGGCAUCACAAUGCAGAUGCUGCAGCAGCUCACGGGUGCCAACUACUUCUUCUACUAUGGCACGACCGUCUUCGGCUCUGUAGGCCUUUCCAACUCCUACGUCACGUCGAUUAUUCUCGGCGCUGUCAAUUUUGGAUGUACAUUUCCUGGCCUCUACAUUGUCGAGAAGUACGGACGCCGUCCUGCGCUCAUCGGCGGCGCGCUGUGGAUGUUUGUGUGCUUCCUCAUAUUCGCCUCGCUAGGUCAUUUCGCGCUUGGACCGGAGGAUAACCCCUCGCAGAGUGUCGGCUACGGCAUGAUCGUGGUUGCGUGUCUAUUCAUCGCGGCGUUCGCGUCGACCUGGGGACCCAUUGUGUGGGCCGUUGUUGGUGAAAUCUAUCCAACACGCUACCGUGCCAAGUGCAUGGCCCUCGCUACCGCCUCAAACUGGGUCUGGAACUUCCUCCUCUCCUUCUUCACGCCCUUCAUCACGUCCGCCAUCGACUACCGCUAUGGCUAUGUCUUCGCAGGGUGCUGUUUCGCCGGCGCCCUAGUCGUGUACUUCUUUCUGUGCGAGUCGCAGGGCCGCAGUCUCGAGGAAAUCGACACCAUGUACAUCCUCGGCGUCAAGCCGUGGGAGAGCAAGCACUGGGUCCCGACCGAGGGCGAGGAGCUGCCGAACCUGGAUAACACGUAUUUGACUCCCGGUGCGCGGGGCAUCAACAAGAAGAGCGAGGCGAGAGUGCCGGAGCAGAGCAUGAUGGAGAGGGUACCGAGUCAUUUGAUGCAGAGCAGUGGUGCGGCGGCUCCGGCUGGUGUCAGGGGUGAGGUUGUGUAG